GCUGCCGGGAGCUGGGCAGUAGCUUCACCUCAGUCCUCCUAGCUGCUCUCAUGGCGGGAGGCUUCUGUGGGGGCUGAUGAAGCUCUCGGAGUAGCUGCCGCUCUGCCCCUCUCCUCACCCUCUGUUGCAAGAGCCCCCGGGCCCGGGGUGCGGCUGGCCUCGGGGACCGCCCCCCCCAUGCCGUGGUUUGAAAGUGCCAGUUGCCUGGUCACCUGGGGGAAUCGCUGUAGCUGGGAGGCACCGCGGGCCUUGCUCCAUAGUGUCGGCUUUUGAGGCUGCUGCUGCUGCUGCUAUUGCCUGGUGAAGAGGGAUUUGCAAGGAGCUGAGCUCUGGUGCAGCUGCAGCAGCUAUGGGGCUGCAGCCCUUGGAGUUCAGCGAUUGCUACUUGGAUAGCCCCUGGUUCAGGGAGAGGAUCAGAGCCCAUGAGGCGGAACUGGAGAAAACCAACAAGUUCAUCAAGGAGCUGCUCAAGGAUGGAAAGAACCUCAUCGCUGCAACCAAAAACCUUUCGGCAGCCCAAAGAAAGUUUGCCCACUCUCUGAGGGAUUUUAAAUUUGAAUUCAUUGGCGACGCAGAGACGGAUGAUGAAAGAUGUAUAGAUGCAUCCCUCCGUGAGUUUUCAAAUUUCUUAAAAAAUCUGGAAGAACAAAGAGAAAUCUUGGCACUGAGUGUUACCGAAACUCUGAUCAAACCUUUGGAAAAAUUUAGGAAGGAGCAGCUAGGAGCUGUAAAGGAGGAAAAGAAGAAGUUUGAUAAAGAGACAGAGAAAAACUACAGCUUUUUAGAGAAGCAUUUAAAUUUAUCAGCUAGGAAGAAAGAGUCACAGCUACUAGAGGCAGAUUAUCAAGUGGAGCAAAAUAGAAAACACUUUUAUGAGCUGUCACUUGAAUAUGUGUGCAAGCUGCAGGAGAUACAGGAACGGAAGAAAUUUGAGUGUGUGGAACCCGUACUGUCAUUUUUUCAGGGUAUAUUCACUUUCUAUCAUCAGGGCUAUGAACUUGCCAAAGACUUCAAUCACUACAAAAUGGCUCUGCAGAUCAAUAUCCAGAAUACAAGAAAUCGUUUUGAAGGAACAAGAUCGGAAGUGGAGGAGCUCAUGAACAAAAUCAAGCGGAAUCCUCAGGAACAUAAAAGAGCAAAUCAGUUUACAAUAGAAGGCUACCUUUAUGUGCAGGAAAAAAGGCCUGCCCCAUUUGGCUCCAGCUGGGUAAAACAUUAUUGCAUGUAUAGGAAGGAGACAAAGAAGUUCACCAUGAUCCCAUUUGAACACAGGUCAGGAGGGAAAAUUGGUGAUGGGGACGUUUUCCUCCUUACAUGCUGUACCAAAAGAAAUGUGGAUACUAUAGAUAGGCGUUUCUGUUUUGACAUAGAAGCUGCAGACAGAUCUGUUACUCCGGUGACCAUGCAGGCAUUUUCUGAGGAGGACAGGAAGCUGUGGAUGGAAGUCUUGGAUGGAAAAGAAGCUCAAUUCUAUCAGAUUUCGCCUUCGGCUGCCUCAGCUCUGCCGUUUACCCACUCAAGUGACCUCCUAGUGUCACCUAUGCUGCAAUCGUCCUUUCUUAGAGAUGGCUUCUCCCUAACGAAUGAUUCAGGGUCUGAACAGCCUUCCUCCAGUGAGGAGGAGUCUGAACUACAGGGUCUCACAAAGAUACGAACGAAUCUUGCCAAGGGUGAAUCUGUGAUCGCAAUCCCUCCUGGCCCGGACAACCUGGUUCCUGUCCUCACAGAUGUCAAUCAACACCGAUAUCUGCUCUCAUCCCGACCUCUAUCACAGCACACGGCCGGCUCUCACCGCAAUCUCUCCAUUCUUGACCCAAAAGCUAGUGCACAGUUGGAUAACAUAGGGUUCACAAUUCUGAAAAAAUGCAUCAGUGCAGUUGAAACACGAGGUAUAAAUGACCAGGGAUUAUACAGAGUUGUGGGGGUGAGUUCAAAGGUCCAGAGACUUCUGAGUUUGCUAAUCGAUGCAAAAACCUGCAGUGAAAUUGAUCUGGAAAACUCUGUAGAUUGGGACGUGAAGACGAUUACUAGUACUAUGAAGCAGUACCUGAGAAGUCUUCCAGAGCCCCUAAUGACGUAUGAGUUGCACAGAGAGUUCAUCAUUCCUGCCAAAAGUGGCAGCCCUGAAUCCAGAGUUAACGCUAUCCACUUCUUGGUUCAUAAACUUCCAGAGAAGAACAAAGAGAUGCUGGACAUUCUGGUGAAACAUUUAGCAAACGUUGCAGACCAUGCCAAGAAAAAUCUAAUGACUGUAGCAAAUUUAGGAGUAGUAUUUGGACCAACCUUAAUGAGGCCACAGGAAGAAACUGUGGCAGCUAUUAUGGACCUAAAGUUUCAGAAUAUCGUAGUGGAAAUCCUUAUAGAAAACCAUGAGAAGAUUUUCAAAACCCUGCCUGAUUCCACUUUCCCUGAGCCAAUCUCUGUGUCAGUAUCUCCUCCAAAUGUCCCACCAAGGCAAUCGAGAAGACAAGGGCAGCGUAAUAAGCGGCCUCUGGCCGUAUAUAAUCUGUGUCUUGAGCUUGAUGAUGUUGACAACCACAGCCCUCCCAGGGAGGACACUCCUACUGGCAGUAUGGAUUCUCUUUCUUCUCACUCUCCUACACCUGCAGUCUCCAGUAGCCCCCUUGAGCCAGACAAAAAUCACCUUAUUCUGGAGAGUGGAGACGUAGCGGACUGGGCAGCCAAUCACCCCAGUCAGAUUCGUUCAUCGAUGGUCUCAUGGUUGAAUACACAGUCCACCACAACACCUACCUCAGCUACCAAAACCCCAGCACCAUCAUCUUUCCCCUUCCCCACCUCUGCCACAGGGAGUGACAGACCAGCUGAAAGCGUUCUCAACAGAAGAGCAAGAGCAGUGUACCCUUGUGAGGCAGAACAUAGCUCUGAAUUAUCUUUUCAAAUAGGAGCAGUUUUUGAAGAUGUGCAACUUUCCAGAGAACCAGGAUGGCUUGAAGGAACUCUAAAUGGCAGAAGAGGACUUAUUCCACAAAACUAUGUUCAGUUUCUUUAGCUCUCUGCAUUUAAUGCCCAGAAGGUGUACAUGGUAUCCAUGGAUUUUUGUUAAUCACUUCUCUCCGAUUUGGUGACUGGUUUUAAUCAAGGAAGAGCUAGACAAUGGGAUGAAGAGCCUAAUCUGUAUAAAGACAAAAUGUUGCCAAAUAGGAAUUGCAGAGAUGUGAUUUGUAAGGUGUUUUUUUUGGGGGGCGGAGGGACUGGAGGGGUAGUUUAAUUUUAUGAACAGGGUUUUACAUGUGAAAAGCACAACAGCAAUAUGUUUGCAGGAUAACGAGAAUUUUAAGUCAGAUAUGUGGUUGAACUCAGAUUCAGCUGUCAUUUGGAGAAAAAUUUUAAAGUAUUUUUAUUGUCCUGGUGCUGACUAAAUUGCAAUUUGAAAACUGUAUUUAUAUCUACUGUUAAAUGUUAUGUCAACCCUCUAUUUUUCUGGUUCUGAACAGUGAUUGGGCAAAGAGGCUCUUAUGCUGAAGGCAAAGUAAUAUUCUGAAAGGUGAGGGGAAGUAGCUGGAUCAGAUUUUCAGAUAAAUAAAACCCACGGAGAGGAUGAUAUGAGAUUUUCAGGUGUCUUCAAAAUGCAGAUGCCUUUAUGUGAUGUGUGUAGCUUCAUUUAUAUUAUUUUCAAUAACAUUUAUUUCAGGCUCCAGUACCUCUGGUUCCAUAUUGUGAAAUUUUCAAAGUAUAAGUUUGUCACCCAAAAAAAUCACUGUAAAUUAAAUGUUAUUUACUAUUUGUCUCUCUCUCUCAUGUUGUUGGAGAAUGAUUUGCUUUGUUUCUAUGAAUCAGUAACUGAAAUAAACUUCUCUGAGUUA